ACCUGGCUUUUAGCUUCUUCCUGUCUAAUCCGUGCAGUUUGCCAUACUGCCAGACAGAUUAUCAUCCUAAACUUUGCUCUCAUGACAUGACUUUCUGUUGAAAUACUUGCUCCUCUUUUCGAAGACCUGGCUCUUGACCUAUUCAGCUGCCUUAGCCCAGACUAAAUUUUCCUGUGUCAGACUUGGUAGCAUGCAGUACCAAGCUGCCUGGUACUGGGUUGCUUCGAUUACUGUGUCUGUUAGAAGGGAAUUGGAAGGCUCUUGACAAGAACAGUUGCUUGUGUCCCUUUGCAUUCCUCACUACGUGUGGUUGGUCUGGUGGAAACUCCCUGGUGAGCAGGCACAGAGUGCUGAUGUCUGGGGAAAAUGUUUAAGAAGUGAAAAAUUACCUUGGCAGGCUGAGGAAAAAGCCACAAAAUCAUAACUUGUUCUUGGGCUUUCUUCAGCUUCAAAUCUAUCAGAUUACUUAACUUUGAUUUUUUUCUUAUCUUUUUAAGCAGGGAGUGAGUGAAUCAUCUUUCAGUUCCCACCCAGCCCUAGAGACACAAUGAGGCGAGUGGUACGACAGAGCAAGUUUCGGCAUGUAUUUGGGCAAGCGGUGAAAAAUGACCAGUGUUACGAUGAUAUCCGGGUUUCUCGUGUGACCUGGGAUAGUUCCUUUUGUGCAGUCAAUCCCAGAUUUGUUGCCAUAAUCAUAGAAGCAAGUGGGGGAGGAGCAUUCCUGGUGCUCCCUUUGCACAAGACUGGUCGAAUUGACAAAUCCUUCCCCACAGUAUGUGGCCACACAGGACCGGUGCUUGACAUAGACUGGUGCCCACAUAACGACCAAGUCAUUGCCAGUGGUUCCGAGGACUGCACGGUUAUGGUAUGGCAGAUCCCAGAAAACGGACUUACCCUUUCCCUGACGGAACCUGUGGUGAUUUUAGAAGGCCACUCGAAGAGGGUGGGCAUCGUGGCCUGGCAUCCGACUGCUCGCAACGUGCUUCUCAGCGCAGGCUGUGAUAAUGCAAUCAUCAUCUGGAACGUGGGGACUGGGGAAGCCCUGAUAAACUUGGAUGAUAUGCACUCAGACAUGAUUUACAAUGUCAGCUGGAACCGAAACGGCAGUCUGAUCUGCACGGCUUCCAAAGACAAGAAAGUGAGAGUCAUCGAUCCUAGGAAGCAGGAGAUUGUUGCUGAGAAGGAGAAAGCACAUGAAGGAGCAAGACCCAUGAGAGCCAUCUUUCUGGCUGACGGGAAUGUCUUCACCACUGGUUUCAGCCGCAUGAGCGAGCGGCAGCUGGCUCUCUGGAAUCCGAAAAAUAUGCAAGAACCGAUUGCUCUUCAUGAAAUGGACACCAGCAAUGGGGUGUUGCUGCCUUUCUAUGACCCUGACACAAGUAUCAUUUACUUAUGUGGAAAGGGCGACAGCAGUAUCCGCUACUUCGAGAUCACGGAUGAAUCCCCAUAUGUCCACUACCUCAACACAUUCAGCAGCAAAGAGCCUCAGAGAGGGAUGGGGUACAUGCCCAAGAGGGGGCUCGAUGUGAACAAAUGUGAGAUUGCCAGAUUCUUCAAACUUCAUGAGAGAAAGUGUGAGCCCAUUAUCAUGACUGUUCCCAGGAAGUCUGACCUUUUCCAAGAUGACCUGUAUCCUGACACCGCGGGGCCAGAAGCCGCCCUGGAAGCAGAAGAGUGGUUUGAAGGGAAGAAUGCAGACCCAAUCCUCAUCUCCUUGAAGCACGGAUACAUUCCAGGCAAAAACAGGGAUCUCAAGGUGGUCAGGAAGAACAUUCUAGAUAACAAGCCCACUGCAAACAAGAAGUGCGACCUGAUAAACGUCCCCAAGAAAACUGCAGACAUGGCCAGUGUGCAAAAUGAAGCCAAGCUGGAUGAGAUUUUAAAAGAGAUCAAAUCUAUAAAAGACACAAUCUGCAAUCAAGACGAGCGCAUUUCCAAGUUAGAACAGCAGAUGGCGAAGAUAGCAGCCUGAAGGUCCCACCCCACCCUUCCAG